AUGUCGCAACCGACAGCCCCACCCUGCCGCCGUCCCUGCAUAUUUUCAUCCAAGCACUUUCCAACUGGGAGUUUUACACGUCGGGCACAGGAAAUCUGUCAGAUUGAUGACUCGCCAAUCCAAAACACCAACUCUGCACAGUCAUCUCGACACUUUCGACAUAGCACCAUGGCAUCCUCGACCGGCGCACUCGACGCGCCCGGAACAACAGGGGCCCCCACACCGCCCCCCAACCGUCACCACAACAAGACGGACAAAAAGACCACCACCGGUGAAGCCAGCAACGUCUCCCUAAACCUCGGCGAUGCCACCCUCAACACCACCCACAACCCACCUGACCCCAGCAACCCCCAAAACGACAAUGAAACCUACAAACGCAUCCGCCGCAAAGUCGACCUCCGCCUCUGCACCAUCGCCGGCCUCCUCUGCUCCCUCAACCUCCUCGAUUCGGGCGUCCUCUCCUCGGCAGCCGUAACCUCGAUGCUCACCGACCUCGGCCUCGACGUCGGCAACCGCUUCUCCAUCUCCAUCUUCAUCUUCACCAUCUCGUCCAUCAUCUUCCAACUCCCCUCCACCAUCGCGGUUCGCCUCCUCGGCCCAAGGAUAUGGUUUUCCGUUAUCACUUUUUUCUUUGGGUUGAUCACGUUGUGCACGGGGUUUGUGAGAACGUGGCAGCAGAUGAUUGCGCUAAGGAUUUUGUUGGGGGCGGCGAUGGCGGGGAUCUUUCCGGGGUUGGCGUACUUGAUUAGCACGUGGUAUCCAAGGGGGGAGCAGCAGUUGAGGUUUGCUUUUAUGCAGAGCGGGGAGGUGGUGGUGUUGGCGACGGGGAGUUUGGUGAAUUAUGGGUUGAAUCGGUUGGAUGGGCGUAGGGGGUUGGAAGGGUGGAGGUGGAUGUUUGUUGUGCAGGUGGGGGGUGUGCACCUGUGUUAUUGGGAUUGUGACCUAUUGGUGGUAUGUUUUGUUCUGUUUUGUUGUUUUCAUUUUGGUCGACAAACACUGACUUUGCUACCCAGGAUGGUUGAUUUUCCUGAGAAUUCCGACAAGAGCUUCCGCUUCCUGACACGCGAAGAAGCCGACAUCGUCGCCAGCAGAAUCGAAAAGGACCGCGGCGAUGUCAUUCCUCAGAAGUUCUCCAUCGUUGAGGUUCUCAAGCACGCCAAAGAUCUGAAGAUCUGGGCAUUUGCCUGCUUGUUCUUCAUGCAGAAUAUCGUGUCGACUGCCCUGGCAUACUUUGUACCCAUCAUCCUCCAGAACGGGCUUGGGUACUCGUCUGACGCGGCCAUCAUUCUUUCGGCACCACCGUAUUACUACGCCAUUGUGCCUGUGCUGCUCUCGUCUUGGUACGCAGACAGGUUUCGGGUACGAGGGCCGGUCAUCACAUUCAACGCCACUUGUCUCAUCACCGGCUUUGCUGUGCUUGGGUUUGCAGGUAAUUCAGGGGCUCGCUACUUUGGCGUCUUUUUGGCUACGGGGGCUUACGUCGCUAACUGGGCUGCGCUUACUGCGUAUCAAGCUAACAAUGUUGUUGGACAAUGGAAGCGUAUAUUUACUGCUGCGGCAUGUACAAUGUUCAAUGGGGCCGGUGGUAUUGCUGGUAGCUUCAUUGUCCAAAAUUAUGAGGCGCCACACUACGCCACCGCAGUUUGGAUAUCUAUAGGAUCCCAUUUGCUGAUGAUAACGCUCGUUGGUCUUCUCACUAUCUAUUUCUACCUCGCCAACCGCUCACUGAGGAGGACAGGAAAGGUUUUGGAGCAAACGGUACGUGUAUCAAGUGUUUUGAAUAGCAUAGCCGGUGCUAACAUAUUGCCAGGUGGGAUUCCGAUUCACGUAUUAGUUGACUCAAGGGUGGGAAGAGCAACAUCUGAGAUCAUUUACCACACCCAUCAAUACACCACUGAUGUCUUGACUUACACCAUGUUGGCACCAUUCACCCUGAUGAUCUGUCCCGACACCCACUUGCUUUCUUCUGAUGCCAGCCAUAAAAUCACAUCGGCGAUUUCUUGA